UUUGAAUUUGGUGACGGCGGUCGCACGUUCUGUUGGCCACUGAACCGCUCCCUCUGAGCAUCAGCAGCGACGUUUUCCUCAGUCCUUGUUUUGAGACCCGCAGCCUCCACCGAAGCGCCAUGGCUCCGGCUAGGAAGGGUAGCAGUCGGGUAACCAAGACCAACUCGUUACGGAGCCGGAAGCUCGCCUCCUUUCUUAAGGACUUCGAUCGUGAAGUGCAAAUACGAUCCAAGCAAAUUCAGUCGGACAGGCAGAACCUCCUCAAGGAGAUGGAUAACUUGUACAACAUCGAGAUCCUGCGGCUCCCCAAGGCGCUGCGCGAGAUGAACUGGCUCGACUACUUCGCCCUGGGAGGAAACAAGCAGGCCCUGGAAGAGGCAGCAACAGCUGACCUGGAUAUGACAGAAAUAAACAAACUAACAGCAGAAGCUAUUCAGACACCCCUGAAAUCUGCCAGAACACGAAAGGUAAUACAAGUGGAUGAAAUGAUAGUGGAAGAAGAAGAAAAAAAAAAUAAGAAACCUCAAACGGCAAGAGUCAAAAGGUGUCCUCCAUCCAGGAAGAGAACGCAGUCCAUACAGGGAAAAGGCAAAAGCAAAAGGUCAAGCAAUUAUAACACUGUUACCCCAGCUGUGGGCCGAAUGGAGUUGUCUAUGGUGAAACCAACUCCAGGCGUGACACCCAGAUUUGACUCAAGGGUCUUCAAGACCCCAGGCCUGCGUACUCCAGCAGCCCGAGAGCGGAUUUACAACAUCUCAAUGAAUGGCAGCCCUCUUGCCGACAGCAAAGAGAUCUUCCUGACUGUGCCAGUGGGAGAUGGAGAGAGCAUGCGGCUGUUGGCCAGUGAGUUGCAGAGGGUUGACAUCGCACAGCUGGAUCCAGAGGCCUUGGGAAACAUUAAGCAGCUCUCCAGCCGUCUUGCCCAAAUCUGCAGCAGCAUACGGACUCACAAAUGAGGCUGCUAGUCCAAGAAGCCAAACUUGACAGGAUGGAUCUUCCGUGGGCAUUUCUGGGACCUUCUUCCCUUAAAGCUUAUUGUGUGUUUGAGUGUGAAGUUCCAGAGCAAGGAGAGGUGUUCCUCUUGGAGAAUUCGGGAAGUGAGGAGACAUUGUUCCCCCAUCAGUUAAAGUUUUGCUAUUCACACCUCCCUCCCAGUCCGGGUGACAAAGACACUGCCUGCUGCGUCCAUGCCAUGAAAACUUCCUGUCUUCCCAGCCGAGUUCUCCUUUCUGCUCUCAGAGCUGCAGCCUCCUGUUUCCUGUAACUCAGCGCCCUCUUUGCCCUGUCGCAGUCCCAGAGGAGGUGGCGUGGAAGAACCUCAUGUUCUGGGGAAGACUGCCUACUCGCCCUCACCACAGAACGCUCUGCAUCUGGUGUUUCUCCUCUGUUUGUGCUUGAAGCUGGGAGGUUUGGGCUCAAAGAAGUGAGAGCUCUGGGCCAUGAAAGGGCAGCUCCAGAAAGCUGGGAGGAACCAUACAAAUGCAGGACAGGAUGAGUCCCAGCAGUGACCACAGCAGGACAUACCUCCCCCUCCCACGGCCAUCCCCUCCUCCUGUGGGGGGUACUCAGUGGGGCUUUGGAAUUGCAUUGCUAUGCUCAGUAGUAUUUUUUAGGCUGGCUUAGAGAACCAUGUUUUGUAUUUAUCUGUUUAUCGAAGACCAAAAAUUGGUUUGGAGGCAGUUUCCAUGUCUUGCUUCUCUACCUCUCCUGUCAGUGGGAAUUUGAAUAAGGAAUUGUGGGGCUUGGAUGAGUCUGGGUUUUUACAUGACUGGCACAGAGCAACUCUCUCUAAGCUCUCUGUGGUCCCGUGGCCCCUGCCACGUCUAUAGACUUUGCAGAGAGCGCUUCUCUCAUGGGCUUCGUGGGUGUAACUGGUGUGGUGGCCUCAUUCCACGUGUGGCCUGUGCCCUGGACCAACUGGCACCUCUGCCCCCAAGAAGCACCUGAUGUGGUUCAAGAAUAUGGGAGCUGACAGCACCCCAGGUUUGAGAGCAGUUUUCUCAUGUGUGGCUCUUUGCUGUACUGUGUAUUAUUUUGCUGCAUGACCAAUCUAGUAAUCCAGUCCUGUUUAAGUUGUCUUCUUUUCAGGUUGUUUCAUUCUUUCCUAAGACUUUUACAUACUGUUUUCCUCAGUAAUGGUAUCUCUAAGCUGAUUUCUUGUAAUCAGCUACUGAAAGGUGUCUUUUUUCAAUAAAUUGUGGGUUUGUUUUUCA